GAAUGAGUCCUGGUUUGUGGUUAUUUACCAUAAUUGGACGCGCUAUUCAAUAAUUAUGACUGUGCCAGUAAUUCCGCCGCUUUAGAUCUCCUGAUCUAAUCAAGAAAGCCAUCAGUUCUUGCUUGUCAGUGCAAAGUCUACUGUGUCGAUGAGGCCACCACCUGCGAUAGUAUGAUCUAAGAAUUUUCAUCAAAUCCAAGAAAAUGGCGCUGAUAGGAGAGAUGGAUGACUUAUGUAAAGAAAUAUCAGACUGAUGCUUUAUUAAAAGUCGCCGAACGACAAUAUGUGGCAUAAUCCGACAUCAAAUUAAACGUAUGGCAACAAGUGUUUCAUUAUCUUGACUGGAAAUAUAGUGAAGCAAGGUAACAAGUCAACGUUGCAUUUCGCGAGGUAUAUUUCGUGGUAUAUUUCAGUUCGACAUAGUCUCAGCAGUUUCUCAUGAUCAUAUGUACGGAUUAUUAAUCUUGGCUAAUCAGGAAUAAAACCGGAGAUAAAGUAUGCCUUAACGAUAUUUUAGUGUGUGCGCCCAAUGCCUAAAGAAACGACUGUGGGAAAAACCGUAGAUAACAUUUUAUCAGCGAAAUGUUUACAAGAGAUAAAAAUGGCUGUAUGAAGAAGGUUCAAAAUAGCAGAAAAGAAGUGAAGACGCGGACACUAGAAAGAAAAGUUCACAUAGAAAAUAUACGAGACUAUACUAUAAAACUGUGCCUUAUCAUAGCUAUCAUAUUAUGUUGUCAAGUUUCAACUUCUUACGCCAACAUGUGCAAUCCAAAAAAUGCCUCAACGUGUAAAUAUAUGGGAAAAUGUGUGAACAUCAGACUAUUAAAACAAUACUAUCCUCGACAAACCCCAGUGGGAGAAGAAUUGUACAUAUGUACUUGCCCACUCAUGUCAUGUUAUACUUUAGCAAUGGAUGCCAUUUGCGCCGACACUGGAACAUCAAAAGAAACUUUUUACAACGAUAUGUGCAUGAGGUUAGCCCAGUGCGAAAUGCAGAGGCCUUUCAAAAAAGUAUGCAGAGGAGUAUGCGGGGACAAAAAUUGCCGACCAUUUGAAAAAGAACCUAACUUGAAAAAUUGUCCCGAAGAAAACGAAGAUUACUGCCAUAACAGAGGAGUAUGUUUAAUGUUCAGGGACGGUCCCCAAGAUCCUUUCUGCAGGUGCCAGAGAGAAUACACAGGACCAAGAUGUAAAGAGAGGCGCGUCUCCACUCUAUUCGGAGAAGAGCUCUAGGAUGACUAGAUUAUCACUGCUGGCAAUUGUUUUAUCGCCAAGAAAGAAAUUCAAAGAACUGUCAUAAAGUCCAAUUAAAACGGUAUCGGUAUUUCUUAGGACCGAAAAAGAACAAUUUUAUUUAUUUUCAUACAGGCACAUGCUUUCUAGCCUUGAGAUUUUAAAAUUUCCAAUAUACUGAAAUAUGGUUCUCUAUAACAGGCAGCCAAUUUAAAAACAUCGACUAUGGAACAAAAAGUUUGCUUCGCCUUUCCACCAGCAAAAUUAUAAUCUAAGGAAAAGAAAUAAAGCUGUUGUGUAUUAAAUAAAUACCUGAAUAUGUAGAAGCAAAUUAACCUUUGUUGCAUAUUGUAUUGCAAAAUAAAAAUUAACCACAGAUACAUUUUAAAGUGUUCUUUCGUUAAUUUCUGUCAAAAAGUACCUUAUUUGAAUAUUUUUAAUACGUUGCUUAAAUUUAAGCAAAUUUUGUAUAAUUUUAUGUUUAUCUCCUACACUUUUUUAUUUAUAUUUUACCUACGUAUUUUAUACGUAAGGGUUCCUGUGUCAAAAAAAUGUUGGAUUAAAUUUGAGCG